AUUUGCUUUUAAAUUACCCCUUUGUGUAAUUAGGGCGAAAAUAUUUGAGGGGUGUGGACGAACAUUGUGCGGGAACAGAUCUCAGAUGUACGUGGGGUCGGGACACUGGGCAGCACUCGUGGCUGAGCGGGUUCGGGGCAAGGUUCAGGUUCAGGUUCAGGUUCAGGCUCUGCGCUGGCGAACCCGCUGACUUCCGGCGGCUCCGGCCGGCUCAGUUAUCCCCGCGGCGGGCGGAACGACCGGAAUCUGUCGGCGGUCGGUGGAAAUGAUCCGUGAACUUGCAGUGAGGUUUGCAGGUCGAUUUGGUUCAGGAUCUACACCAAAAUCCAGUUUCAUAUUUAAAGAAUAUCUGAAAACACAGCAGGAAACAUGUAAUAGCUACAAAAAAGGACGAACGUAUUACACUUCUGAUGUGGGAAGAUCAUGGACAGCCAACAUUUGUUUCAGAAAUCAUAUUCUUGGGAAAACAAUUCUAUGGAUGAAGUUACUUUCCUUCCCUCACAGUUUAAUGUUUAAUAGUUUGGUAAGAACGUAUUUAACAAAAGCGUAUCCUGUUUUAAAUGGGAAACUUCAUCCAAUUCAUCAACAUGUCUUUGAAUCUAAUUUACAAAACAGUAUGAUUCACAGUAAAAGGUAUUUGGAGCUGAUGAAACGCGUGCAGAAAGGUGGAGAUGAAAAAGCGAUUCUGAGACACACCAAGAAGAAUAAAAAACUAUUGGUCCGAGAACGUUUACGGUUGCUUCUGGACACAGAAGAGAUCCUGGAACUGUCUCCUUUUGCUGGAAUGGGAAUGCCAUAUGGAGAUAUUCCUGCUGCAGGCUGUUUAACUGGAAUAGGUAAAGUCAGUGGAAUUUGGUGUGUAUUCAUUGCGAAUGAUGCAACAGUCAAAGGAGGGACAGUUUACCCAGUUACAGUGAAGAAACAGCUGAGAGCCCAAGACAUUGCAAUUCAAAAUGGACUACCUUGCAUAUACUUGGUGGACAGUGGAGGAGCAUUUUUACCACUUCAGGCAGAGAUAUUUCCAGAUGAGAACCAUGGAGGUAGAACAUUCUACAAUGAAGCAAUUAUGUCUGCUGCAGGCAUUCCGCAGGUGGCAGUUGUGUGUGGUUCAUGCACAGCUGGUGGGGCAUAUGUCCCAACCAUGGCAGAAGAAACAGUCAUAGUGGACAAGAUUGGGACAAUAUUCCUUGCUGGGCCUCCACUAGUUAAAGCAGCAACAGGGGAAGAUACUACCCCCGAGGAACUGGGAGGUGCAACUUUACAUGCAAAGUUUAGUGGUUGCAUUGAUCAUUUUGCAGCUACGGAGGAAGAAGCAUACAAAUGUACCAGGAAUAUCAUAGCCGGUUUAAAUUUUGAACUUCCAACAAACAUGCCAACUGAUUUUGAAGAGCCGCUGUAUGCAGCUGAAGAACUAAAUGGUCUUGCUCCAAAAGAUUAUGCACAUACCUUAAACAUUGAAUUGAUACUAAGUCGUUUGACGGAUGGAAGUAAAUUCUUGGAGUUCAAAGCUUUGUAUGGGACCACGCUGGUAACUGGCUUUGCUCAAAUUAAAGGUCACCUUGUUGGAAUUGUGGCUAACAACGGAGAACUCACUCAUAAUGCCUCACUAAAAGGCAGCCAUUUUGUACAACUUUGUGACCAGAGAGGCAUUCCUAUCAUAUUUCUUCAGAAUACAAGACCAAAUGUUUCAAUCGCAGGGACAAUACCCAAGGCAGAAGAUGUUACAAACCAACUUAAGGCCCAAGGCUCCAUGAUAGCAUCUGUGGCAUGUGCCUCUGUUCCCAAGAUAACCAUUGUAAUUGGAGGAUGCUAUGGUGGUGAAAGUUUUGCCAUGUGUGGUAGAUCGUUUGAUCCAAACUUCCUUUUUCUGUGGCCUAAUGCCAGGAUUGGACUGGUUAACUCCAGUUACUGCUCUAAGUUCCUGGAAAAUGAUGGAGAGAUCCCAGAUGAAGGACAGUGGAAGAUCAUGAAAGAAAAGCUGGAGGUCGAGAGCUCCGCUUUUCACUCUUCCUCUCGGAUUUGGGAUGAUGGCGUCAUACUUCCUGCAGACACUCGGACGAUAAUUGGUCGGUGUUUAAAUAUCUUCAAACAGAAACCUUGGUUUCGUUCUCGUAUAGAAAGGCAGGUUAUAUUGAGAACGUAAACAUGGAAAUUGACCCAAUGAAGAAAAAAUGGAGUUGGAAUUAUGCUUUUGUUGAUUAAGGAUGGCCAGCAAGCUCAAUUUUCGAAAAGGCAUACAACAAUUAAUAUGACUUGAGGGCCUGGUUCAAAAUAAACAAAAUUUUGUGAUUCUGCAGGAUUCUUAUUUGUUACCUGAGGUGCACAUGUAAUAAAUUAGCUGGUUCAGGUUGCUGAAGGUUUCAUGUCUGCAGCGUGGAAUCAUUUCAAUAAACUACAUGUGGUGUGCAUCAAUUACCUUAGUCCAAGAUGGAGCAUAAUUGUAUUUGACUGUAACAAAUGCCUAAAGUUAAUGACCUGCUUUGGCAUUUCCUAUCCUCAAACUAAUCGUUCUUUUUUUGCAGAUCUAACAAAGAGAUCAUGUAUGUAAAGAUGAAGUAAACCAGCCCAAUGGUUGUUUGGUAGAAUUUCUGAAUACUUCUAUACUGUUACUUCUGUCUUUUUAGUUCAUUUUAUAAUGAUCUUGGAUACUCCGAAAUGAUGCUAUCACAACAGUAAAAUGACUUAGUUAUCCUGAAAUAUUCACAAAUUUUCUUCUGUACGGUUCAAAGCUGUGAGGAUUGUAAUGGGGCCGAGGAAGGAAUUCUCAGUACUACAGAAAUACUGGGUUAUUCCACUACAAGUUAUAGCACUAAAGUUUAAGCGAAACCUGUUGAAGGUACUAAUUCAAAGUGGCAUUCCGUGUCUAUAACUGUUUUUCACAGUUGCCAUUCUAUCUUAAUUUAUUAUCUGGUUAUGGAUGGAGCAGUCAUAGUCAUACUGUUAACUGAGUUUCUGAAAAUAUUACGAGUCAAUCACCUCGUGUGGGAUUGUGCUGUGAUUCCCGAGGAGAGAUUUUGGUGAAGUAGGUGAAGUUUGAGAGACUAGAAACUUUUAUGUAAUAUUCCCUGGUGGAACUCCAGAAAGUGAUCACAUCCAGAUUUAUCACUUGCCACAUUGGAAUUUGAAUUCUGUAUUGGUUCUGCAAUUCCAUCACACUACUUUUUCCUUUUUCACCAAGUCGUAAUUCAAGGAUCUGUCAACACUCACUAAUCGGACUUGAAUACAUAAUGACAAGUUGGAUGAGGUGGUGAGGGCAACCAGAGCUUCUGUCAAGACAGACACCACAGUACUGGAGAUAAACUUGUUAUAGAUACCUUGAUCAACAAAAGAUUAUAUUUUUAAACUUUUGUGUAAUGUGGAACAUCUGUUAUCAAUAAAUUUGUUAUGUACUAUCAU